UACAGUAGUUUACAUAACCUCUAAUAUUUCAUGCAAUUUGAUUUAAACAUGAUAUUUAAAAUACCAAUUACUUACACCAUAGCACAUUUCUGUAUGUUAUAAUUCACCAUGAGGGUGAAUAUAUUAUUUAAAAGUUUAUUUAUAGGUAUUCCAAUAAGCAUCACAUUUUUUGAUUCCGUUGGCUAUGUAGCAAGAGUCGAAGGCGUAUCUAUGCAACCUGCCCUGAACCCAAAUGCAUCAAAAACUGAUUAUGUUUACUUAUCACGCUGGGCUGUCCGUGAUUACAAUAUAAACAGAGGUGAUAUCAUUUCCUUGAUAUCACCAAAAAAUCCUGAACAAAUAAUAAUUAAAAGAGUUGUUGCACUAGAAGGAGAUAUUAUAAACACCCCUUACUACAAAAGACCAUAUAUGAAAAUUCCUGAAGGCCACUGUUGGGUUGAAGGAGAUCACACUGGUCAUUCAUUAGAUAGUAAUUUUUUUGGACCAGUUUCUUUAGGACUAAUAACAGCAAAAGCAUCUUGUAUAAUUUGGCCCCCCACAAGAUGGCAAAAGUUAGGAUCAUAUAUACCAAAACAAAGACAACAAGUAUAUGUAGAAAAUGUACAAUAGCUAAUUUAUUACUUUAGAAUGUAUUAGAAUAUCAAAUGUAAAUAUUUAUUAAAUAUAAAUACAA